CGCGCCUUCCUUCCUCCCUCCCGGCUUCCGUCCCUCCCUCUGCCUGGCCCCUCGCGACGGUGGCAGCAGAUGAGGGAGCCGGCGGGAGGCCUCCCGGUGCCCCUGCCUCGCCGCCGCCGCCUCCUCCUCCGGGGCGGCAAGAUGGGAGCGGAAUGAGCCCCGAGCCGGAGCCGCCGCCGCCUCCUCCUCCUCCUCCGGCCCGGGAAGCGGAGGUGGUGGCCUUGACUGUGGCGGCCGUGGUGGACGGAGAAGCGGCGGCGGCGGCAGGAGCCGGCGGAGGGAAGCAGUGGGGGAGCCGAAUCAUGCUGGUGAGGAGAGUCGGCCUCAAGCCGGGCGGAGGCGCCGCCGCGCAAGGUAUUGGUCGACCAAGUGUGUACCAUGCAGUUAUUGUCAUCUUCCUGGAAUUCUUUGCUUGGGGACUGCUUACGACUCCCAUGCUCACAGUCUUACGUGAAACAUUUCCUCAACAUACAUUUUUAAUGAAUGGCCUCAUUCAAGGAGUUAAGGGGUUUUUAUCCUUCCUGAGUGCUCCACUGAUCGGUGCUUUGUCUGAUGUCUGGGGAAGAAAGUCUUUCCUCCUUGUUACAGUUUUCUUCACUUGUGUCCCAAUUCCGUUAAUGAAGAUAAGUCCAUGGUGGUAUUUUGCUAUGAUUUCGGUUUCUGGGAUUUUUGCUGUUACAUUCUCUGUGAUAUUUGCUUAUGUAGCUGACAUAACACAAGAGCAUGAAAGGAGCACUGCAUACGGACUGGUAUCUGCAACAUUCGCAGCCAGUUUGGUAACUAGUCCUGCCAUUGGAGCACACCUGUCUACUUUAUAUGGAGAUAACUUGGUUGUAUUAAUUGCUACAGUGGUGGCUGUUGUAGAUAUAUGUUUCAUUCUACUCGCUGUACCAGAAUCUCUACCUGAAAAAAUGAGGCCACCUUCAUGGGGAGCCCUUAUAUCAUGGGAACAAGCAGACCCAUUUGCAUCUUUGAGAAGAGUUGGAAAAGAUACUACAAUUUUGCUGACUUGCAUCACUGUCUUUCUUUCUUACCUGCCUGAGGCUGGCCAAUAUUCUAGCUUUUUCCUGUAUUUGAGACAAGUGAUAAAAUUCGAGUAUGCCAGCAUUGCAGCAUUCAUAGCUGUGAUAGGAAUUCUGUCUAUAGUUGCGCAGACUGUUUUUCUCAGUAUCCUAAUGAGGUCUAUAGGAAACAAAAAUACCGUGCUCCUUGGCCUUGGCUUUCAGAUGUUCCAGCUGGCUUGGUAUGGAUUUGGUUCCCAACCUUGGAUGAUGUGGGCAGCUGGGGCCGUAGCAUCCAUGUCAAGUAUUACGUUCCCGGCAAUCAGCGCUCUUGUGUCACGAAAUGCAGACUCAGACCAACAAGGUGUUGUCCAGGGGAUAAUAACUGGAAUCAGAGGUCUUUGCAAUGGUCUUGGUCCUGCUCUCUUUGGCUUCAUAUUCUUUCUGUUCCAUGUGGAGCUUACUGAGUUGGAGCCUGUCCCAGAUCCUGAUAAAAAAGCAAUGCAGGAUCCAAGCGAUGAGAGUUUGAUUAUUCCCGGCCCGCCAUUCCUGUUUGGAGCAUGUGCAGUCCUCCUAGCUUUUCUGGUUGCCUUAUUCAUCCCCGAGCACAGUAAAGCCAGCAGUACCAGAAAGCACACCAACAGCAUCAGCAGCAUACAGAGCAACAACCCCGACCGAGGCAGCGACGAGGACGUUGAGCCAUUGCUGCAGGACAGCAGCGUGUGAGAGCUAGAUUUUCCUAAUGUUCAUGUAGUCUGCAAGCAAGCAAAACCCAUGCACUGAGCUCUGAAUCCAGAGCAGGACUUAACUGGAGUGAGCUUUUGAUUUGUCAGAAGCUUUGCACAUUUCACUCACCUAAGGUACGCUGUGUUGGUGCCCAUAGAUGUCCCGUCGGGACGGAUUUAAACACUUUUUUUUCUUUUCCUUUUUUUAAAAAAAUAAGAAUUCAACGCAGUUAUUUUUCUGUAUCUGAUUUGGAAAUGCUAUCAAGCCCCGCACUGGGCAGAAUAUGGAAUACACACGGUAUCUUGGAAAAUCUUCGAACAAAAUGGAACUUACUGAGUACACAGAUUCACUGUGAGCAGACCACAGCCCCUGCCAAUUACUUCUACUUAUGGUUAAAGAUAACAAAAACCCUUCGCCAUUAUGUUCCUACAUUUCUAAUUAAUAGGCUGUCUGGUAAAUUGAAUAUUGUGUAACUACUUAGAAGUGUUGCAAGAGAAUUUCAGCCGUUGAAUAUAGAUUUGGGUUUUGGUUUCUUUUGGAAGUCUUCAACCCUCAUUCCCAAGGACUCUUAACCCGUAUGCCAGGAGCUCCUUUGGAAACCUUAAAAGGGCACAUGUACUUUCAUUGAUGGUUAAUAAUGCUCACUGAACUAGGUGGCACUACCAGUGUGGCCAGUUUUGACAUAGAGGCAAAUUAACUGGAUGCUGAGGCAAUACUUGUGUGUAUUUACUGCAUCAUCUAUCACUUUUUAUCUGCCGUAUGAAGCACUCCCUCUCCUGUUAAUUUCACUCCUGCCUUAACUGCUACUUAGUGUGCAUUUGUUACCAACUCUUAUUUAGCCUUCAUAUCAAACUUCGGAAGAAUUUAAUGGGUUAUAAUUAUGAAAUGCCUCUCCAAAAGAGGCCCUAAAGAUGGUUUAGUUUCUACAGAGUAUCAUGCUAUAAUUUUUAGAGACAUUUUAUUAAAUUGCACAGAUUUCUAUGUAUUUUGCGGCAGUGGAAAUGGACCAUUACACACACAAAAACUAACCAAGUACUCUUUAAGAAUGUUUUAUAUGUAUUGAAUAUAUGUAGAUAUUUGUAAGAAGUUUUACUUUUUCCAGAUAAGGUACUGUGUAAAUCUUGUAUUUAUAAAUGUAAUGAUGGUGAUGGAUAUACAGCUUUUAUAAAGGAUUGUGUAAUGACUGAACAAAAUAAAUAUAUAUAUAUAUAUAUUUUGAAACUUGUUCCGCCUUAAGCAAAGAUAACAAACCUUUUGUACUAUGCAGUUUGGUUUUUAAGUUAAAAAGCUUCCUAAUGCAUAAUAAAUUUGCAACCUAUGCUAUAUACAUACUA